UGAAACCGCGAAGGAUCGCGAUAGAGCGCGCGCGUGCCUCGCGACGACGGCCACUUCGCGUUUCACUUCGUCUUUCAAUGCCGCCGCUCGUUUACCGCGCGGUAUACGAACCACCGUCGAGAAGAGAAGCUUCCUCGCGAAAUCGGUUGCUAGCGCGAGUUCGAGAUCUGUCAAGUUGUUGAUAAGGACAAAAUCUCUUCGCAGCGAUGAUUCCCUCGUCACGAGUGAUAAUAUCAACGCGAUAACGCGCAGUGUCGAGAAAUCAGUGUCAAAAAAAGUGAUAAUGUGCGAAUUGUCUUUUUUUUUUUUGUUUCUUUUUUUCCGCAUCGGUAUGUAACUCGUCGCGCGUGAAAGAAAGAUAAGAAAUAAGAAGCAGGAAUUAAAGAUGGAUUCGAUCGAAGUGGAGUAACAUUCGUCUUGCGUUGGGUCCGUUGGAUACUACUGAACGUAUCUUCUCUAACGUGAUUCCUUCGGCACUGCCAAUUAACCAAAGAAACAAGCCCGCGUAGUUUUGCCGCGAUCGGCGGUGAUUAACGCGAGUUCUGUGAGAAACCAAAAAAAAAAAAAAAAAAAAAAAAAACAAUAAUGACCACGAGUCCGCCGUCGUACCGAAGAGCUUCGGUUCUAGAAGAGAAUUGGUGAGAGAAUUUUCGCGAUGAGAUGAACGUGUGAUGAUACGCGCGUACGCAAUGAUCGAGCCGCGCAGCGAGAGGGUGACCGUGUGCUCGCCCCAGACUCAACACCACUGUUAUCAAAUGAUACGAACCACCACCAGAGUGCAUCAAAGUUCACGAAGCUCACGGAUGGUGACCGUACAGGAAAGAGUCGUCAGAUCGCGUCUUCAGUUGGGUUACUCCACGCCAACGUCCUUCAUCAAUCGCUUUUCGUCGAAGGUGGAGAGACCUCUGACGUCACACAAUAACGCGAAUCAGAUUCACGGCAACAGCAUGCACGGCGCGUACUCGACAUCCGGCAGCCAAACGUCUCUGACGACGACGUCGUACAUCACCGGCCAGUCCUACAUGCAGAGUCAGAAUUAUGGGACGCCUUAUCCUUCCGCGCAGCAUUAUCCGCACAGCACAACGAGUUACUCGCAGCCGCAGAGUUACGGCACCAUGGUGCAGGGCUUCGGCGGACAGCCGCAAUCCGCCGGCUAUCAGCAGAAUCACCUUAAGAAGGGACCGGUUCGCAACGGCGACGUGCUCAAGCGAUGUCGACUGCAGACCGCAUACGAGUUAUCGCAGGACCUACUUGACAAGCAGAUCGAGAUGCUGGAGCGCAAAUACGGCGGCGUGAAGGCGAGAAACGCGGCUUUGACGAUUCAGCGUGCCUUUCGUAGAUACACGCUGUUGAAAAAGUUCGCGGCUAUCACGGCGAUGGCCAAGGCGGAGAAGCGAUUGAGCCGGAAGCUUCAGGAGGCAACGGAUCGUUCCGGAAAUCUGAACGAUCACGAGAGAAUGGUUUAUCACAGUCAAAUAUAUAUUCAACAAACGCAGCCUGCCAACAGGCCAAUACCGAUCCGAAGCAUGUCUCUGAGAGAAAGGCGGCACGUGGACACUUCUCAGUCGCCAAUACCGAGAAGUCAAAGCAGCAGAUGCGAGAUCCCGGUUAGCAGCCAUCAGCACACGAAUCACAGCAUGCACCAAAGCGGCGGCAGACACACGCCCUCUUUAGCGCCUAGUCCGUGCAAUCGGCAUCAGCAGUUACCGCCGAGUCCUUGUUGGGAAUCGAGUUCCCAAGAGAGCGGCUCCAGCAUCCAUUAUUACAAUCCACAGGAAGCUUUGUGUGGCCUGAGACAAGAGACGCCACCGAGAGACUUGCUGCGAACACCGUGUACAUCGCCAUCGACGCCGCACAAUCUUCAAACGACGAUAUCACAAAAUUGGAACAACGCCAGCCAACUCGGGUCUGGCAGAACGAGAGGUUCUUCUGGCAGGAAGAUCCCGCCGGAAGUGCCGAAAAGAACGUCUUCGAUUACUUCAAGAUCCAUGGAGCCGCGUCACAACGGUCUCAGUAAGAGCGUGGAGAACGGAAGUUUAAGCUCGGUGCAGAGCUCCGGCAGCGAUUCCACAAAUUGCGAGAGUUCCGAAGGCGAUGCUCAGAGAGGAUCGCCCGUUUGGAAGCACAAGGGAAUUUCGAGUUCGCCGGAACAUCAGGAAUGCGCGAGUCAUACCACGGACGCGACGACGAUGGCCACCAAUGUGAAGGACCUCGGUCACUCGCAUGCCAGCUCUGGCUACCAACUUCCGCCGAUAGAUCACGCGGAGAGUGGUCUGCCGAGUCAAACGAGUUAUAAAGUAUCGGAAACUGUGAGAAAGCGGCAGUACAGAGUCGGUCUAAAUCUCUUCAACAAGAAACCGGAAAGAGGGAUCAGCUAUCUCAUAAGACGCGGAUUUUUGGAGAACAGUCCGCAAGGUGUUGCCAGAUUCUUGAUCAGCCGAAAAGGAUUGUCCAAACAGAUGAUAGGAGAGUAUCUCGGGAAUUUGCAGAACACUUUCAAUAUGGCAGUGCUCGAAUGUUUCUCCCACGAGUUGGAUCUCUCCGGGAUGCAAGUUGAUGUCGCUUUACGAAAGUUUCAAGCCUACUUCAGAAUGCCCGGCGAAGCGCAAAAGAUCGAACGGUUGAUGGAAGUGUUCAGUCAACGUUACUGUCAGUGCAAUCCGGAUGUGGUGUCCAGGCUACGGUCGGCGGAUACUGUUUUCGUUCUGGCCUUCGCCAUCAUCAUGCUCAACACGGAUUUGCACACGCCGAACUUGAAACCCGAACGCAGAAUGAGACUCGAAGAUUUUAUAAAGAAUCUACGAGGAAUCGACGAUUGCGGCGACAUAGACAGAGACAUUCUAGUUGGCAUUUACGAACGAGUGAAGGAUAACGAAUUCAAACCGGGUUCCGAUCACGUGUCGCAAGUAAUGAAGGUCCAGGCGACCAUUGUUGGAAAGAAGCCAAAUAUGGCGCUGCCGCAUAGAAGAUUAGUAUGUUAUUGCAGACUCUACGAGAUACCGGAUAUUCACAAAAAGGAGAGACCUGGUGUUCAUCAGCGGGAGGUGUUCCUCUUUAACGACUUGCUCGUUGUUACGAAAAUUCUGAGCAAGAAGAAGAACAGCGUAACUUACACUUUCAGACAGAGUUUCCCACUUUGCGGCAUGAUAGUUACUCUGUUUGAGGUUCCCCAUUAUCCAUACGGCAUAAGACUCUCGCAGCGCGUCGACGGAAAGGUUCUAGUCACAUUUAACGCUCGAAACGAGCACGACAGGUGUAAAUUCGUGGAAGACCUCAGAGAGUCGAUCAGCGAGAUGGAUGAGAUGGAAACUCUGCGCAUCGAAACCGAACUGGAGAGGCAAAAGAGCAGCAGAGGCGCGCGAGGCGGCGCGGAGAAUAGAGAUUCCGGAGUUGCCGAUGUGGAGAUAUGCCCUUGUCCCGGAACUUGUUCCGACAGAGCAGAGACGGUCGACGUCGACACGCAAUUGAAACGUUCCGCCCUUAGCAAUUCCCUUCUGGAUAUACACGAGCAGUAUUCUUUGUAUGUGCGUUUAGUUGCCGGUGAGAAGCCGCAGCGUCGGGGAAGCGUGGGUUCUCUCGAUAGCGGUAUGUCUAUUUCAUUUCAAUCUACUUCCGCCAGCUCAAUGAGUCAAGGCAUUAAACACCCUGGACAAGUUCAUCCUGUUCAUUCAGGAGCUACGAUUCCUGGAGCUGGUGGUAAGGGACUGGCUCAACAGCCGUCUUUUUUAGGAGGUCUCUUCGCCAAACGAGAGCGAAAGUCGUCACAAUCUGAAGAAUCCGGUCCUUAUAGUCGCACCACAGAAGUGUGAAUGUAUUCUUCCAGUAACGUAUAAGGUAGACGGUUUCUUGUGUUUUCUUUUGGCGCGCUUCGUGUUCCGAACAGAACGGAAAUAUGUGUUUCUCGCGGCAAUGUUGAGAAUUUUAGAUAAACAAUAAUCAUUGAUAAUUUUCUGAUUUUAAUUCGUUUUGCGUCAAGAGACUACGGAUGAUACUUCUUUCCCGUUUCAUGAAGUAUAUUUCUUAACUUAAAAAACAAAUAAAAAAAAAUAAAACAAUAAAAGUAAAGACAAUUUAAUACAAGUAGCCGCGUAAUGUUUUAUUAUUAUUAACGUACACGAUAGAAUAGUGUCGUUUUAUAACGUACAUAAAUCACGAAGCGUGUUACAAAGAGCGACAAAACGUUGGUGACAGAUAAAAAAAAAUAAAUAAAAAAAAAACAAA